AGAAGCUUCAACAAUGGCAGACAUUACCCACCUUCCCAUGGAGCAGCUUCAGGACCUUGAGUACUGCAUCGACUCAAACCCUCCCUGGGCUGAAACCAUCCUUUUGGCAUUUCAAAAUUACAUACUGAUGCUUGGCACAAGUGUGUUGAUCCCUUCAAUAAUUGUCCCAGCUAUGGGAGGAAAUGCUGGUGAUAAAGCACAAGUGAUACAGACUUUACUCUUUGUUGCUGGCAUUAACACCCUUCUCCAAGCACUGUUCGGAACAAGAUUGCCUGCAGUUGUUGGAGGCUCUUUUGCUUAUAUAAUUCCAAUUGCUUAUAUAAUUAGUGACUCCUCGUUGCAACAGAUCAGUGAUAACCAUGAAAGAUUUAUACAAACAAUGCGAGCUAUACAAGGAGCUCUGAUUGUCGCCUCAAGUAUUCAGAUAAUCCUUGGUUACAGCCAAGUUUGGGGACUUUUUUCAAGAUUUUUUAGCCCUCUUGGCAUGGCACCUGUAAUUGGAUUGGUUGGAUUAGGACUAUUUCAACGUGGAUUUCCUCUGCUGGGGAACUGUGUAGAAAUUGGCAUACCGAUGCUGUUGUUGGUAAUUGGAUUGUCACAAUAUCUAAAGCACGUGAGACCAUUUCGAGAUAUCCCUAUCUUUGAACGCUUUCCAGUGCUGAUUUGUGUUACACUUAUAUGGAUCUACUCUGUUAUCCUGACUGCCAGUGGAGCUUACAAACAUAAACCUAACUCCACACAACGUAGUUGCCGUACAGAUAGAGCAAAUCUGAUAUCUACUGCCCCAUGGUUCAUGUUCCCAUACCCUCUUCAAUGGGGCCCCCCUACGUUUAAUGCUGGCCAUGCAUUUGCCACAAUGUCUGCUGUUAUUGUGUCAAUGGUGGAGUCAACUGCAGCUUACAAAGCAGCCUCUCGGUUGGCAAUUGCCACUCCACCUCCUGCUUAUGUGUUAAGUCGAGGCAUUGGUUGGCAAGGGAUUGGCAUCUUGCUCGAUGGUCUUUAUGGAACAGGGACUGGUUCUACAGUUUCUGUGGAAAAUGUGGGACUCCUCGGGCUAACCCGAGUUGGAAGUCGCAGAGUUGUUCAGAUUUCUGCUGGUUUUAUGAUAUUCUUCUCUACCUUAGGAAAGUUUGGAGCUGUGUUUGCAUCUAUACCCAUCCCCAUAUUCGCUGCACUGUACUGCAUUCUCUUUGGCCUUGUUGCUUCAGUGGGGUUAUCAUUUCUUCAGUUCACAAACAUGAAUUCGAUGAGAAACCUUAUCAUCACUGGGCUCACAUUAUUCCUUGGAAUAUCCAUUCCUCAAUUUUUCUCUGAGUAUUGGACUAAACGUGGAGGCCUUGUGAAUACAAAUGCUGGUUGGUUUAAUGCAUUCUUGAAUACCAUAUUCGCUUCACCGGCGACAGUGGGUUUGAUCGUGGCGGUGUUCCUUGACAACACGAUGGAGGUGGAAAGGUCAAAGAAAGACCGAGGGAUGCCGUGGUGGGUGAAGUUCAGAACAUUCAGGGGAGACAACAGAAACGAGGAGUUCUACACUCUGCCAUUCAAUCUCAACAGGUUUUUCCCUCCUACUUGAUGAUGUUGAUGCCAAAUCAAAGGCAAGGUGUUUGUAGGUCAGAGAGGUGAGAGAAGAGGAAUUCGUGAGAAAUGUAAGCAAAUGCAAUUUUUCGUUCACUAUCAUUCCAUUUUUUUGGGGGACCAUGUAAGCCUUGGUCCAGCAUAGGCUUGUAAAGCUUUUGGAACCCAAGCUUGGUAGAUUCAAUAAAAAUCAA